AUGCCGCGCGGGAAGGAACAGUACGACGAUGACGAUUGGGACGACGGAUACGACGAUGAUGACUAUGACGAGGACGAGGACGACUAUGACGAGUACGAGGAGGCAGGCCGGCUGCAGGCGAAAUCCCAGAAAGGUGGAAAGCAACAACCGCAACCGGCGAAGCAACCACAAGCGAAGCAGCCACAAGCGAAGCAAUCAGCUCAGCAGAAAUCGCAGCAGAAGCAGCCGGGGGGAAAGGCUGGAUCCAAGUCACCCGCUACUACCCCGAGCAAAGCGGAAAACCCUCCCACUGACGCCCCAGUUUCUGGGGGGUCCGCCGCCAAGGGCGGAUCCGCAGCGACCGGCGGCGGCGCCGGUGGAACAUGGAGGUGCGCGGCUUGCACGUUCGACAACCCGCCGCUCUUCCUCGCGUGCGACGUCUGCAGUGCCGCCAAACCCGCUCAACAAGGUAUGCCAUGGCUGGUGCACAUUCCGAAAUCCACCCGCUCUUCCUUUCAUGCGACGUGUGUAGCGCCGCCAGACCAGCCGUUGAUGCUGCUGCGGAACAAGGUGUCACCUCUGGGUGCAAGCCUUGCUGCCCCUGCCCCGCGCUGCCGGCGCAAGCAGGGGCAUGGGAGGGUGAGCAGGGGGAGUGCGGAGGCGGGGAGGGGUGCGUGUGUGCUGCUGCAGCAGUCCUCUGAGGGACAGAAGCCACUUGGCGUGCUCCCAUUGGCCCGAGUGCCUUGGGUGCUGAAAGCGGCAGGGGAGAUGAGAAUAGAGCCGUUUGAUUUCUCCACUCCUUCACCUGAUGAUGCCAUCCAAUCCGCCCUGAAAGGAGGACACGUGGCACCACGUGCUGUUGCCACGUCAGCAGCCGUGCCAGCUUCCUCGGCUGCAACCGCAGCAGUGAAGAACGCCAACAGCAGCAGCCGUGCAUCCAGCUCAGCAUCCCCUGCUGCUGACGUGGCAGCUGGCGUUGGGAAAAUGCAGAUCGCAGAAGGAAGCAAGAAGGAAGCUUCGCCCAGUGCUUCUAGAGCUGGCACAACCGUUACAACCGCUACAGCUGCCACAGCCGCUGCAGUUGGGGGAGAGGGAGGAGGGGAGGGCAAGGGAGGGGAGGGCAAGGGAGGGGAGGAUGAGGAGGCGAGGAGACGGAGGGCUCUAGAGGCGUAUGAGGCAGAAGGGUGGAUUAAAGAAGGGAUGGAAGGAGGAGAUGGGAAGCCGACUCUGCACCUCAUUGUGCUGGGUCACGUGGAUGCGGGGAAAUCGACCAUAAUGGGCCACCUGUUGCACAAGCUGGGGCGAGUGAGCAACAAGGAGAUGCAUCGAGUGCAGAGGGACGCUGCCAACCAGGGCAAGGGGUCGUUUGCAUUCGCGUGGGUGCUGGAUGAGAGCAGCGAGGAGCGCGCCAGGGGAGUCACCAUGUCCGUGGCCAUGUCGAGAUUCGAGACGCCAAAGCUGAACGUGGUUCUGCUAGAUGCCCCGGGGCACAGGGACUUGGUACCGUCCAUGAUUGCUGGCACUGCACAGGCUGAUGCGGCCCUUCUAGUAAUCGACGCCACGCCAGGGGCAUUCGAAGCAGGCAUGGGAGGGGGCCAGGGGGGAGAGGACGUGGGGCAGAGCAAGGAGCACGCGCAGAUUGCCAGGAGCCUGGGGGUGGAGCAGCUGUGCGUGGUGGUGAACAAAAUGGACGCUACCGGGUUCGAGCAGGGCGAGUUUGAGCGCAUUAAAGGGGUGCUGGGGCCGUUCCUGACCCGGCAGUGCGGGUUCCGGGACGGUGCAGUGCGGUGGGUGCCGCUGAGUGGGCUGCAGGGGGAGAAUCUAGACUCGGCUCCUACAGACGAUCGGCUGAAGAACUGGUACACAGGACCAACCCUUCUAGAAGCCGUUGACUCCUUCUCCCCCCCUCCUCGCGCUCUCAACCGCCCGCUGCGCCUGGCGAUAGCCGAAGUGCUCAGAACGAGGGGGCUGGGGCAGGCAGGCGUGGCGGGGAAAUUGGAAUGUGGAGCGAUGCGAGCCGGUACCAAGGUCCUGGUAAUGCCGGGCUCCUUCCAGGCAUCUGUUAAAGCCCUAGAGCGGGACGAGUCACCGGUGGCAGCAGCAUGGGCGGGGGAGAGCAUGGACGUGGGGCUACAGGGCGUGGAGACCAAUCACUUGGAUAUCCCUUUCUCACCUUCUCUUCUUCGCUCCUCCGCUUCGCUUUCCUCCCCUCCCCUACCCCCUUCCCCCCAGGUGCUUGUGAUGCCCGGGGCGGCAGUAGCAACAGUGAAGGCCCUAGAGCGGGACGAAUCACCGGUGGCAGCAGCAUGGGCGGGGGAGAGCGUGGACGUGGGCCUUCAGGGCGGGGAGGCCAAUCAGCUCCUGCCAGGUGGCGUGUUGUGCCACCCGGACUACCCCAUCCCUGUAGCUACCAGGGUGGAGGCGCGCCUUCUCACUCUCGAUCUCAAAAUCCCUCUGCUGAGAGGCACCAAUGCCAUUCUGCACGCGCAUGCAGCCAAGGAAGCAUGUCGCGUUGUUGCCCUCACAGCCAUUCUCGACGCCAAGACUGGUGCUGUUGCCCGCGCCAAGCCCAGAGCCGUGGGGUCCAACCAGAGUGCUGUCGUGGAGGUGAGAAGGGGAGGGGAGGGAGGAUCAGAUCAGGGGGAAUGA